AUGAAAUCUAGAAUCUUGAAGAUAAAAACUUCAGACAAUGAAAUAUCUGAGGUUGAGGAGGCGGUGGCUACCAUGUCUAAAACCAUCAAAAUCAUGGCUGAAGGCUACUCAGGUGGGGUGAUUCCACUUAACAACGUUCACAGCACAAUCUUUGGUAGAGUGAUUGAGUGGUGCAAGAAACAUGUUGACGAUGGUGAAGACUUGGAGUACUACAAGGGAGCACUCAAGAAUUGGGACGCUAUGUUCUUUGAAGUUGAUCAAGCCGUUCUUUAUCAUCUUCUCACGGCUGCAAACUACCUUGAUAUUUUAAGCCUUUGCUCCAUCAAGGAUGUCAAAGAGCUUUUUGUUUACUGUAACUUUCUUAGUUUUUUUCUUUGGUUUUGUGUCUACUUCCCUAUUCUUAACUAUUUCCAAAUAAUUUGA